CUUUCAGAACAGCUGUAAGGGCUGAAUAAGUAAAGCAAACAGAAAAUGCUGAAGAAAAGGGAAGUUCAGGGGAAGGGGCAGCAACAUGAAGGCGACAAUGAAACUUCACUGAGAUCAUGUGAAAGGGGAUCUAUACUUAAAGAAAAACUUAAAGAAAUAAGUUUCAUACAGUUCCUGGUCUAUAUCUGUACUUUAUAGUGAUUCUACAACAUAAAGGAAAUAGGCACUUCCUCCUAGAGCCCAGAGGCUGCUGCAUACAAACUGCCAAGGAAGUAGACCCCAUGGUUGUUUGGUGUAUGGACAGUGUGGCUCUGUUGCCAUGUGUCUUGGUUAUUUGGUCCGCUUCAGCAUUUAUUGCCUCUUACAUCUUUGCAGUGCUUGAGGGACAUGUGGUGUCUUUUGUACCUUAUAUAAGUGACACUGGCACAUGCAUUCCAGAAAGCGGACUAUUUGGAUUUAUGAUCAGCGUCACUGCUAUUUUAGGUGCUGCCACAAUGUUUGUAAGGUAUAAAAUAAUCCAGGCUCAAAAUCUAAGAAUCUCUUAUCUGAAUUACUGGUUCAACUUGAUAUCAUUUCUAAUUGGAGUACUUGGCUGCAUUGGGAUGGGAAUUGUGGCUUCAUUUCAGGAGACAUCUGUUAUAAUAGUACAUGACACAGGAGCCCUCAUCACCUUCAUCUGUGGGGUUGCGUAUACAUUUCUUCAAUCCAUUAUCACCUUCAAAGCCUGUCCACAAUGGAAUAAUAAAGGAGUCUGCUAUAUACGAAUGACAAUUUCUGUUAUAUCAAUUAUUGCUAUAUUUCCCAUGAUAGUGUGUGCUUCAUUCGAUGGUAUGAAAAGAUACAAUUGUGAAAUUGGUGAAGAGCCCUCUGCAUUUCGCCAAGCAAGUGCAGCCUGUGAGUGGAUUGUAGCAUUCGGAUUUGUCACUUUUUUCCUGACUUACAUAAAGGAUUUUCAGGCUGUCACUUUGAACAUUUCUACAGAAAUCCAUGAUGAUUUUUGACAAUGGCUCAAAUCCAGUGUUAAAGAAAGAUAGAAUAUUUAAUGACUUUACAAGUCAAUAAGAACUUUAGUGGUACACUCUCUGCAUUGUCUGAUUUGUUUGCAGAGAUAUAACAUAUACUGUAUGUGUUUUAGUAAAUUAUGGCAGUCCAAAAUGUCUUUUUAUUUGUUUUUAUGUGUUCAUGAAUAAAUGACUAUACUGUGUUCUGGAAUUAUUUCUAAAAAACAGAAUUAUACAAGUGUUCAGUCUAACCUAUACUAAAUCCACCUGAAUUUAGUUUUGUAUUAUAUGGCACAGUCAGAUGUUUCUGGUAUUCUGGAGCAGGGUUGUAUUUGCCAGAAGGCUCCUGU